AUGGCAGCUAGCAGUAGAAAUGAGUUGAACUUUGGGAUGACGUCCCGAAUCCAACAAUUUACUCUUUUUGACGCAAAAAGAUAUUUGAGAAAGUUUCGAAAAGUUUAUUUAAUUUGCAAACAAACUUUCAUCAAUUUUACUCAAGCUCCUGAAGAGGGACUUCAUUCGAAAACAAAUUGAGAAGCUAAAAAGUCUAUAAAUUUUCAGGAAUGCAACGAGCGAUGUGAAAGGCUUAAAAAAAGGACGCUUGACAGGAUAGGAUUCGAUGAAAACCGGUAAUUAUUUCUUUUCCGGAAUUAUUUUCAAAUUAUUUCAAAAAGUCUCAAAAUUUCAUCUUUUUCGGCUGAUUUAGGAUCGAUUCCCUACUACUGAAGUUUUAUAUUGAUAAGCUUUUAUUAUCAAUGUAAAAAAAUUUUUACUUUUUCUUUUUGAUUCUCUUCGAUUCGACGUAAAAUAUUUCUAGAUUAAAGUGGAACUUCAUCGAACUGGAGGCAAAUAUAACUUUCAUGGUUCUUCCUCCACGCCACAGAUCUGUCUGUGAGCAAAAUAAACAUUUCAUUCCUUCAUUCAUUUUACUUCUAUUGAAAGCAAAUUGAAGCGAGCAAACCGAUAAUUUAGGAAAAUAGUUGAAAGUAUCAAAUUUGAAUUUCUUGAAAACGUAUUCAUCUUGUUUUUUCUUCCAAUUUUCCCUACAAAUAGAGCUUCACAGUUAUUCAAUUCUACGUGAACAGUUAGGAGCAUCAAAUAUUAAUUUUCUGUCCUGUUUAAUUUCCUAAUCUUUGAAAAUAUCAAAAAAUUUUCCCUUCAGAAAUUUGAAUAUUUUUACAUUCAUUUCUAAAAAUUUUCAGAAGCUACUUCUGAAUAUCAAGGGCACAAAGAAAACCGCAGAAUCAUAAUUUUCGUCGUUAAACUCUUUUAGGUUCCUCUCACGCCGCUUGCAGCAUGGUUUCAUGUUUAAAAUCGGCCAGAUUCAUUUUAAAACCCAAUUUCAACUCUCAAGUCAUUCUAUCCGAGCCAAAACAUAUGAAACACUUGACGUUGAUUCAUUUGCAGAUUGAAUGCGUUGCUCGAACGGCAACGUCCCCUGAGUACAAUGAAAGACGUUUGCUGGUGGGUCAAAGAAACGAAGAGAAAAAAGAAACAUAUUGACAUUCUUCAAAAAGGGGUUGACAUGUUUCAGAUACAAAACUUUAUCCCAGAAACACUUCAAAAAUGUUCAAUAAGCAAACAUUUAGCGCCGAAAACCCUCAAUUCGUCCAUUAAUGAGCAAAAAAGGUUUAUCAGGAUUAUACCUAUAGAAAAGGUAAAAGGCUUGAACAUUUCUCAAUUUUGAUUUAAAUUUCAUAAAUUAAGUGGCUUAUCUCCACGGAAGAAAUUCAUUCUAAAGCCUCAGGAACUCAAAAUUAUUAGAAAUCCGGAACGAAGUUUUCCUUUUCAAUUUCCUGAUUUUGAGUCAAAAUCUUUCAGGCGCCUCUACGACAAUCUCGACUGCAUGAAACGCUGUCCGACCACAAAAAAUCAUACGAAAUUCGCCAAAACCAUCAAAAACAAGUGCAGUUUUGCGCUUCGAGGUAAAAAUCGUUGUUUUUGAGUUUGAGGCACUAAAUGCCAAAAAAAAUUAUUGGACCACGCUCCGUCAAUAGUUUCAGUGAGGCUUCUAGUAGGAACUUUGCCAUCUCCAACCAAUUUGUACCGCUUUAACUCAAUUUUGAAACAUUUCCAGACAUGGAAGCGAAUCUUCAAUGCGUCAGUCGACACCACUCAUUCCUCAAUGUUCGUUGCCGUUCUUUCGGCAACGAGGCGACGACUUUGAGAAAGAAAAGUGACCUGGGCACGACUCCGGACCGUGAGACUUGCCGGUUCGUUUCGAGGAGUAUCUUUCUCGUUGUAAUUUUAUGAAAAAGAAGGGACUGAUUAAGAAAAAAAGAGGAUUAAUACUAGACAGUUUUUCUAGUAUUCUAGACGCUUGUGAAGCUAAGAAGCCACUUUGAGUACAAAAUGAACAAGAAGAUCUUCGAGUUCAGAUUCCUCCAUCUCAACACUUUCUGCUUGGAAAACGCCGUCAGUAGCUACUGUCCGAAGGCGAAGAAGCUCUUCCGAAGACUUCAUUUUAGAGACUACUUCUUAAACUUCUUAUUACCCGAAGAAGAUCUACUCUUUGAUGAUGAUGACCUGGACAGCUGUCAAUUGUACAAUUUCGUGAAAGGUCAAGAAGACGAGGAAGAAAACGAGACGACCACAAGGAUCAAUUUGGACGACGACUAUGAUGAGGUUCAAUGGGGACUUUUUCCAGGUUUUAUUUUAAAACUUUGAAAAUUUCAAAUUUAGGAAGACGAGCUAACAACGAUCGUCAACCACAUGGAAUCAACAACGACCAAAUCGAACACUCCGAUUUCUACCUCCACAUCUUCACCAACAAGUUCAGCAGCUUCAAAAGAGAAACAAGUACAGAAUUUUUUGAAAAAAAGCCAAUUAAUUUAGAAAUUCAGGAGUUCACAACCCUCCUGAACGAACUCCUGCAGCCAAGUUCCAAUGAAAUCAAUACAAAAUCUUCGGAAGACACAUAUACAACUUCUGAAAACCCUACGACUUCUUCCGAGGUUAUUUUUACAGCUUUGUGGUAAUUUUACGAAAAAUCUAGGUAACGACAACGACUACGGACCUUCCAACGUCUUCCGAGGUCAGUUUCACUGUUUUUGCCAUACUUACAACAUGGAAAUCAUCUUCAGGAAAUAACGAUACCUACCGAUCUUUCGACAAAUUCUGAAGUGAGAUCUGAAACUUCAGAGUCAAAAUUAUCGAUAAUUAUCCCUUCCAGAAGCCUCACUCAAACUUGUCUCCUUCUUUUUCCACCGAACUCGUCACACCGUCGUCUUCUGAAGUUCUGAAGACUUCCAGAAUUCUGAAAUAACAUGGAAUUCAGGAGAAUGAACCGGAGACGGCUUUGAACUCUCCACAUCCUUCAGAAGGCACUGAUUACGAAUACAGUGAAGGGUACGAUGACGUGGAAGAUGACGACGAAAGCACGAGUUCAGUCAACGUCGUCCCCAUUGAAGAGCGGGUCACCAAAGGUAUAAUCAGAACUCUUGACCUGACGUCAAUAACUUCAGAAUCGACUACAACUUUAUCAACGACGACGUCAAAAAAGCGGGUCUUCUCAGAUGACAGCAUGGAAAACACCCCUCCCAACUUUUUCUACUCAUCUUUGAGAAACACGCUGUAAGAACUACUAGUAGACGUCCAAAAUCCUGAUUUUCAGCUACUCAACAAGUACCCAUCCAAACCACAGAUUCGUAUCGGACAACACUAAUCCUGAGGUUUCAUCAUAAUCAAACAACAUCUAAUCUGCUCUGACUUAAGGAUAGCGACGAGGUCCCGACGUUGGAAAUCGAUACCACAACGUUAUUCGGAAUCGAAAACGACACGACGACAAUUCCUACAACUGAAUCUUCCGAGGGAGCUGUCCAAAUCGUUUUGAAAACGAAAAAAGGGCCGCAGAGCCAAACUAGAGUCACUUCGACCACAACCGUCGGUCUUGGAGUGACAACGCCACUUUUGCGCGGUGAAAUUGUGGUGAAGCCUAUUCGGAAAAAGAGCGAGCCUGACGCCGAAGAAGGUAAGCUAAUCAGAAAAAAUAAGAAAUUUUUCGGAGAAAACUCAAAAAUAAUGUAUUUAUACCUUAGAACUGUGCAUUUUCUUUGAGUAAAAAGAAGAUUUGCGGCUCCAGCAUUUACAGUAACAAAAAAACUUCCUACCAUAGUUAAAAAUAUUUAUUUUUUCAGAAUGCGAGCCUAAACUCCUUUCUCUCAAAAUUUCUUCAUGUUCUCGAAAAGAAUCCCACGUUUUCCGACUUUCAGCCGAAGCUGAGCAACGCCGUCAGCGCCUCCGACUCAACCGAGGUCAAACCUCCUCGAAAAUGACGUCGGCCGAGUCAGAAGACGUCGUCGAGCCGCAGAACACCCUUUCCAGCGGGGACAGGAGGACUCUGAUCGCAAUUCUCUCAAUCCUGUGUACCGUUGCUAUUCUGACCGUCCUCUGUGCCAUUUGUUGUUUCUGUCGGAAGUCAAAGUCUCAUCAACUCAACUAG